AUCCGGAUUAUCGAAAAAAAUGGACAAUUCAGCGUACUUGCCAAAUCAACUACCACCACCUAUGGUUGUUUUCUCUCAGGCCGGAGGAUUCGCCGAGAGUCUCAGAUUGCAAAGACCUUUCAAUCCACAAGUUACUGACUCGAUUGCAAAAGAUUUGCCACUUGCGUUCGGUACGGGCUCUCCAUUUAGUUACGGUUUCCAACAGAUGUUGCAUCUCCAACACAUUCAGCAAUUCCAGCAUUUUCAGCCGUUUAGUGCGUUCAAGCCUCCGCCGGGACCGUCGGCUUUCGCGCCACCAGGCAAGUGUCUCAAAGUUGAAACCGGAAGUUCAACAGUGUCCUCCGGUUUGCCUAGUAUUAGUUCCCUUUCGAGCAUCUCGAACAUGUUCUCGCCCUCGUUACCCACGUCGGUCGCGGGUGGACCUGGCGGUCCAGAACUUGCACCACAAAGUCCCGCCGGGUCCACUAGUCGGUCACCGCCCGGAAGUGCAACGAGUACAAUUGUCGGUUCCAUUGCUCCCAGUCGUGGAACACCACCUGAUGAAGAGGAUCGUGAUGCCAACGCCACUCCCGGAUCGGAGAACACUGAGCGCUCCACUCCUGAGGAAGGACGACCAUAUAGACGUAA